AUGCCAGAUCUCUCCAGCACUGGAACAACUGAAGAGGUGAUCUGGUUGGUCUGGAUGGAACUGGAUCUCGGAAAUGGCUCCUUCAUGGGCGUUCAAUACAUUUAUCGGGAUAGCAACCCAUCAAGCAGUGAAGACAGUGAUGACAAUGAGAUUCAAACGUGUGAAUUGACACGUAGUGCCAAUGAGAGUAUGCAUGAAUUGGAUGCUAAUGUUUCAGACGUUCAGAUAGAAAACCAAGAACAGGAUAUCUAUAGAACAACAAGAGUCUUCGCUCCGAAAGCUGCUAAGAAGAGUUCCAAACUAGUAGAUACUGUUAAUACGAGUACUUCUGCUAAAGAAGCCUUUGAAAUGAUGAAAUCUGUGUAUCAGAAAACACAGACAACCGAAACACGUGACAAAUACUCCAUAUUAGGUGAACUAGUAGGACAUACAAUACACAGCUGGCAAAAUAGUAUUGACAUAAGUCUCUUUGAGCCGCAUAUGUCUGCUAGCUACAAAAACGACUAUACUUAUAACUACCUGCCUAGUCCCCAAACGGACUGGAACCAGUUAUUUGAUUCCAAAACGACAACAAUAACUAAAAGUCCGCUGUCACGUGACGAAGUGACUACAGGUAGGGCUAUACUUUCUUUUAUGGUUACAAUAAUUACGAACUAUACCACGUUAUUUAACAAGAAUAGUUAG